CCAACCAUUUCUGAUAUGGAAACCUUUUUUCGUAGACCGAUCGCCAAGUCGUCCAUCUAUGACGUGUGUAGCAGGUUCAAUACUAGCCAAUUCCAGUCCCAGCGUGCCUCCUUCCAGGAGAAUGUACUGACCACCAUGUCAAAGAGAUUCGAGACGGUCCACGCCGACCUCACGGAUCUACAAGUCAGCAACAUCCAGCGACCCAAGUCCUACGAGACAGUGGUUCGUAACAAAGAGGCCGCAAAAGAGAACAUCGCCAUUGCACUGAACGAGCGUCCAAGACAACUAGUCCAGGCGAAAUCCGCAAAGGAAGACGCGAUCAAGAACUCGCUGAUCACCAGGCAGAAGGCGGAGUCCAACGCGAAGAUCCUCAUCUCCAAAGCCGAGGCGAAAGUGUCGAGUAUCUUGGCGGGGUACAAGGCCGAGGCGCGCGCGUUUGGCGAUAUGAUGAAGCGUCAGAAUCUGACGGUAGAAGGGCUGUUGUCAUAUCUGUCUACCCGUGCGAUAGCCGAUAGAAGCACCGAACUGAGCGUCUCCAUUGAUGCUCCUGCCAAGACUAAAUACACAUACACCUAACGCGGUACGGUGACGCCCAAAUGGUGUGUUGGCAUUGACUUGAGGUCAGAGCAUUUUUUUAAACGUUACACAAGGUCAAACUAAAUGUUCGUGUAUUCUCAAUAACAAUAAAACACAAUUGUAUAAAA